GAUAAUGUAACACAUAGCUGUUUUUUUCUCGAUUUCAAGUCUCAUGGCAGAAUGCAGAAGACUUCUUCUACUCAUUUUCAAACUGAACACUUGAAAAGUCUAAAAGUCGACUCAUUUGUCGCUUCAGCGCAGUUAAGAUAGAGGUUUAAACUUGAAUGCCGAGUUGGAGGAAAGCAUGAGGAAAGAGGCACGGGACGCUCUCACGGGACAGGCCCGCACCAAGCUGACUGAGCUGAACUUCGUCUAACCCGCCACAGCAGAACUUUUCUGUGGGUCCUGUGUUGCAGGAGAAAACUUGGAACUUUUAUGACUGACGUGCGCCAAAGGAGCGGCUUCGCUUCAAAUAUCUGCGGCCAAAGUCUAUUGAGUGGAGAAUGGUGGAAGGCCGAAGUUCGAUUCAGAGGGAAGGUGUCUACCGCUGGUUUUCGGCCCUCACCUCGGCCCAGAGGGUGGACUUCCUGUGUGGCUUGUUGGACCUCUGCAUCCCUAUCGAGCUGCGCUUUCUGGGUUCCUGCCUGGAGGACUUGGCUCGUAAGGACUACCACUCGCUCCGGGAUGCUGAGAUUAAGGCCAACAACCCCACUGACCUGUCGGGCCUCACAAACAUCACAGACGAGGUGGUCCGUAGCAAGCUGCUGGUGUCUCUAGCCCUGCUCGGAUCAGACAACAGGGAGGCUGCGGGGGUGCUGUACCGGACACUUACGCACAUAGACACUGUUAUUAACAACUAUGGGCUGGCCCUGAACGAUGGCAGGACCGAGGAGCAGUUCCUCUUGCUCUUCACUAUGGCCUCCAACCACCCGGCCUUCAGCUUCCACCAAAAACAGGUCCUGAGGCAACAGCUAAGCCAGAUUCAGGACAUCCUGCAGGUGGGCAGCAAAGAUACAGCUGAAGCUCAGGGUGCCUCCUCAGACUGUCCUCCUCCUCAGCCCCAUCAGCAAAGCCAGACCCCACUCUCCCCCUGCUCCUGCUCUGUGCCUGAAGACAGCGUCCCCUACCUGUCAUCAGCCUUCCAGCCCUGCCACACACACUGCACCUGCUGGCACAAGACUUCAAACAACAGAGACGUCCCAAAUGUUGGAAGAGGAGGACUGAACCUUGGUCCCCCUCAUCACGAUGCCCCGCCUCCAUCUCCUCUUCCUCCUGCUCAGCCUGCUGCCCACAAACAGGACACAACAACGUCCACUAAAAGUCACCAGGGAAAAACAACAAAAGUGACAAUUGAGAGGGUCAUAUUGAGAGGAGUCACACGCAAGUCUGAAGACACCACUGAGUUUGUGUUUGAGACAAAUUGGUCAGAUGGUUUUGUGUCCUCCAUUGUUCGAACUGAGCAAGAGGCGACAGAGCUGCUUACACAGCUCUCACAAGCUUUAUCUGAUGAAGAAGUAGAGAAAUUCCUUCCUCAGAACAUGGAUCCAAGGUGUCUGAGCACACUGCCCCCUCAUAUGCUUCAGCACCACAGUGUCCAGUUGUUUUUCACGGGUACUCGGUCUCUCUCGCCUACUAUCUCGACCGCAAACCCACUACCACCUCUGCCCUCCACACAGUCCACUGUUUCUACGGCAACCACCUGUUCAUACAGCCCCAGCUCUAAUCCUGGAUUUAUGGUGCAGCACAAGGCAGUCAACAGGCCUGUGUAUAAAGUUGCCAGUGUCUUGCCGGUUGUCAGCACCCACAGCUCUGUAAUGACCCGUCCCUCUAUCCCGAUCUCAUCCCUCCCUCCCUCACUCCCACAAGCCUUCCCUCAUCCUCAGCAUUCCCUCCCACUGCCCACCAUGCCUCCACCCCACCCAGGCACAGGUGACCCCCCCAGCCACUCACCAGCACAGCACUCAUUCCCCCAGCCUCAUCUACAGACGCCCACCAGUCAGGCAAGUGCUCCGCUUCCAUACUGCCAAUCCUUAUCAUUCUCCCAGGCCCAUUCCCAAACCCUUUCCUACUCCCAUUUCCCCUCUCGGCCCCCGUCCCAUCAGCUGCCACCAGCACAGUCCCAAGCCAGUGCCCCGGAGCAAAACGGCAUCCUGGACUGGCUCAGGAAACUGCGUCUUCACAAGUACUACCCCGUCUUUAAGCAGCUCACCAUGGAGGAGUUCUUGGCGCUGACAGAGGAGGACCUGAACAAGUAUGAUCUUACCCAAGGAGCUAAAAAGAAACUGAAGACUCAGCUCGAGCUGCAGAAAUCUGUGGACAGGGAGAUGAAAAUGGAGAAGAGGUUAUGCAGUGGAAUAGCCAGAGUGACUCCCUCUAGUUACAUGGGACUCUCCUCUCACCACACCUCAAAUGCAGCUGAGUUGAGAGUUGAAGUGGAGGCAGGGACCCACCAUCCCCCAGUUUCCACGGACAGUAGCUCAUCCUCGGGGUACUCCAGCUCCCCCUGCUCCCCUCGCACCCCUCUCUGCUGUGAUGCCAGUUUUGACAGAAGCAGAGAAUUCCAUCGACGUGUGUCUGGUCCGGAUACCCUCUGUACCAGCCCAGAGAAGGACAGGUCAAGUUUCUAUAUCCUGAACUCUAGCUGUCCUACUGGCUCCACACGUCCCACAGCGCAGGUGUUACCCGUGCAAACCGAUCCUCCUCCCCCUCCCUUUACUGUCCCUCAAACUUCAUUUCCACUACAGGCCAGUUACGCUCAGCAGAAUCUUCUCUCUCCACUGUCAAACCCUGCCCGAAUCCUGACCACCCCACGUAAACCCAGACCUCCGCCUCCUCCCCCUGAUGACCGCUCUAAACCUCUGGUCUUCGGAGCUGGGUUUGGUGCAGGAGUAGGGGUCGGAGUGAGACUAGAGACCCUCUUUCCAGGUCUAAACAUAGAUGGGUCUCCGCCUGGACGGCAGCAGGACUCAGUGGUCUGUCGCGGGCUGGUGAGUGGGACGGUAGGACUGAUGGUUGAGACCAGUUCAGCUUUAACGUCAACCUCCAACAGCCACCAUCAUGUAUCCCACCCCCCUGUUCAUUUCCACCUGUCGUCCUCAUCCUCCCCCACGGCAUCGGGACCCUACUCCUGCCCCCUGGUGUCCUCUUGUUCCACCUCGAAGCCUCAGACAGGACUUAUGGCCACUGGAAGUACAAUUCCCCGAAGUAAUUACUACCCUCCAAACUCCAGCUCCUCUUCUUCUGCUCCAUCGCUAGAAUGCGGGACGUCCGACCACACCCCUUCGGCAUGUGUUUGUAGCUCAUGUGGUUGUCGCGGUAAUUGUGGGGCAUAUGGGGCAUUGCCAGGAUACGCUACAGCUGGAUACCUCCAACAGUUCACACCUGGGCCGUCACUCUUCACUCUGGGACCUCUGCUCCACCUGAGCCCCCUCAUCGCCUCUUCCACCUCGGGUAAUGGGGCCACACCGUUCCCUUACCCUAUGAUGGUCCCACCUGUAUAUCACCACAGCCCACAGUCACAUGACCAGCAACAGAGCCAUUUCCCAGGCAUGCUGGGAAAUGUAGGCCAGAAGCAGAUGGCAGGUAAUUUGUCAUGUUAUAACUGCGGCGCCAGUGGACACAGGGCAGAAGAAUGUAAACAGCCAUCCAUGGACUCAGCCCAGCAAGGUAUGUUUCGACUGAAGUACAGUGCUCAUAGUGACACCAAGGACUCUGGAGACUAAACAGCAGGGGGCAGCAUAAUCAUAUUUCAGCAGGACCCUGUAUUUUUGGGGAAUUUGGCACAAACAUUAAGACAUUUGUCAACAUUUACAGGUUACACAACCAGAAUUGUUGACAUUGCACGGUGGCUGCAAGCUUUAUUACAUAAAACUUAAUGAGUGAAAAGUAUUUGUCCUAAGCCUGGUCUACAAAUCUGUGUUGUUGGAGCACACAUCUCUCUUCAGCUGCACUUUUAAUAAUUACAUUUAAAAGUUUAUUUAGAAUAUAUAGAUGUAUGUAGGUUAGGCAUGUUUACUUUAAAAACAUCAUUAUAGCAUUAGGACAAUUGUAAGUGUACUUUUUGGCCAAACGAGGUUACAGUUUGCAAAGAGCGAACCCUUAAUCUUCACAUUUUUUCACAGUUAUGUGUUUUAAGCUGUUCUAGAGCUGAUCUAAAGUUCAGAUACCCAAUGGUACAAACUGUUUGAUCCAAGAAUCAUCGAUAUGCUUCACCUGCACUAUAGAGACAGUGGAAGUCUCAGGUUUACAUGCAGUGAAAAACUUCUCUCAUGGUUGGCGUAAGGUAAUAAUUUGGUUUUCAAGUCUGCAGAUAUUUAACAUUUCAAGUACAGAAUUUUUCAUGUGCCUUUUAAAAAAAAUUUAUGUUCUUGUUGAUGUUCAACUUUUCAAUGUAUUGUUGUUCAUAUGCUGAGUUUUCAAAGUCAAAUUAGAGCUGUAGUGAGAGUAGCUGGGCUGGUCCCAGUCGUUAACAGACACCAGGACUGUUGGUCCUUCAGAUAGCUGUUCCCCUGGAGGGGGCAGCACAGGGAUAUUGAACCUUUAUUUAUAAUUGAUGAUUCUAAACAUGUUUAAUAGUUCAUGUGUGAUGGUUUAAUAUUAGGGCAAAUUGCUUUUUUACGGUAAAAAAAAAUGUUUAUAACUGAAUUCUAUCAACCAGCAGUCUUUAGCUCAGGUAUAUUUUACACCUAUCUUCACAUGUUUGUUUUGCCUCUAACAGGAUUUGUAUGUUUAAUUUCUUCUUAACACUUUACACAGUGUAAGAGGAGCAGUGUUCUGCUAAAGGGCAGAAUUAUGCCAUUUUAAGUGUAAAACUAUAUACUGU